CUCUGGCUGCUAGGGCAACUCUGGCAGGCGUCACCCGUCGCUAUGGCGCUCUGCACGUUGCAGCAUGGCCCUUCCAGAUUGGCUGAGGCGCUCGGCAAGGUGGAGGAAGAUGCCUCGGCAUUGGUUCAGCCAGCGCCGGUUGGUGGCAAGAAGGAGGAUUUGAUUGAAAAACCAACGGUGCAGCGGGCUGAGGUGCUCCAGAGGUUGAGGGGACCCGGAGAGAGCUAGGGGGAGGGUGGGACCCGAAGCAGCGGGUAGCAGCAGUAUCAAAGAUGACGACGGUUUGGAGAUUGUCCUGAAGGAGGGACCGUCCCUCCCGCGUGGAAUGCGAUGUUAAUUCUGGGGCAUUGAUGGUUUACAAUGCCUGAUCCAGACAAAAAGGUGAAGACCACAGAAAAGUCAACUGAUAAAAAACAGCAAGGAGUCGCCAGCAGGGACUAUUCAGAUCUUAAAAGGCUCCGGUGCCUUUUGAACGUUCAAUCAAGCAAACAACAGCUUCCAGCCAUUAACUUUGAUAGUGCCCAAAAUAGCAUGACGAAGUCUGAGCCCGCCAUCAAGGCGGGUGGACACAGAGCUCGAGGUCAGUGGCAUGAGUCCACAGAAGCUGUUGAACUUGAAAAUUUUAGUAUAAACUACAAGAAUGAAAGGAAUUUCAGCAAACAUCCCCAGCAUGUGUUAUUUCAGGAGAUCUUUACAGCCUUGGUGAAAAAUAGACUCAUAUGCAGAGAGUGGGUUAAUCGAGCCCCAUCUAUUCAUUUUCUGAGAGUGUUAAUUUGUCUGAGGCUACUAAUGAGGGAUCCAUGUUAUCAGGAAAUACUCCAUAACCUGGGUGGGAUUGAAAACCUAGCUCAGUACAUGGAGAUGGUUGCCAACGAGUAUCUGGGCUACGGAGAAGAGCAGCACAGUGUGGACAAGCUGGUCAACAUGACGUAUAUUUUUCAAAAACUCGCAGCCGUCAAAGAUCAAAGAGAAUGGGUCACCAUAAGCGGAGCUCACAAGACAUUAGUAAAUUUACUUGGUGCCCGGGACACUAAUGUCCUACUGGGUGCCCUUCUGGCCCUGGCAAGCUUAGCAGAAAGUCCAGAAUGUAGAGAGAAGAUAAGUGAACUCAACGUUGUUGAAAACCUAUUGAUGAUUUUGCAUGAAUAUGACUUGCUUUCCAAAAGACUAACUGCAGAGUUACUUCGCCUCCUUUGUGCUGAACCCCAGGUGAAGGAGCAGGUGAAGCUCUAUGAGGGGAUACCUGUUCUCCUCAGUCUGCUCCACUCUGACCACCUGAAGCUACUCUGGAGCGUUGUCUGGAUUCUGGUCCAGGUCUGUGAAGACCCCGAGACCAGUGUGGAAAUCCGCACCUGGGGAGGCAUCAAGCAGCUUCUUCAUAUUUUACGAGGAGACAGAAAUUUUGUUUCUGAUCGUUCCUCCAUUGGGAGCCUGUCUAGUGCAAAUGCCGCGGGCCGAAUCCAGCAGCUUCAUCUGUCAGAAGAUUUGAGUCCUAGGGAAAUACAGGAAAAUACUUUCUCUCUUCAAGCAGCCUGCUGUGCUGCCCUCACUGAGUUGGCCCUCAAUGACACCAACGCCCACCAGGUGGUCCAGGAAAAUGGUGUUUAUACAAUAGCAAAAUUAAUUUUACCAAACAAGCAAAAGAAUGCAGCAAAAACUAAUCUGUUACAGUGUUAUGCUUUCAGAGCCUUGAGGUUUCUCUUCAGUAUGGAAAGAAACAGACCACUCUUUAAAAGACUUUUCCCCACCGACUUGUUUGAGAUGUUCAUUGACAUAGGACAUUAUGUUCGUGACAUCAGUGCUUACGGAGAAUUGGUAUCAAAGUUGAAUUUAUUAGUGGAGGAUGAACUGAAGCAAAUAGCUGAAAAUAUUGAGAGCAUUAAUCAAAACAAAGCUCCUUCGAAAUACAUAGGCAACUAUGCGAUUUUGGAUCAUCUUGGAAGUGGAGCCUUUGGCUGUGUGUACAAGGUUAGAAAAUGUAGUGGUCAAAAUCUUUUAGCAAUGAAAGAGGUCAAUUUACAUAACCCGGCAUUUGGGAAGGAUAAAAAAGAUCGAGACAGCAGCGUAAAGAAUAUUGUUUCUGAAUUAACAAUCAUUAAAGAGCAGCUUUAUCAUCCCAAUAUUGUACGUUAUUACAAAACAUUUCUGGAAAAUGAUAGGUUGUAUAUUGUUAUGGAACUUAUAGAAGGAGCCCCACUUGGUGAGCAUUUCAGUUCUUUGAAGGAAAAACAACACCAUUUCACUGAAGAAAGAUUAUGGAAAAUAUUUAUACAGUUAUGCUUAGCUCUACGGUACUUACACAAGGAGAAGAGGAUUGUCCAUAGAGAUCUGACGCCAAAUAACAUUAUGUUGGGGGAUAAGGACAAAGUAACAGUUACUGACUUUGGCCUGGCAAAGCAAAAACAAGAAAACAGUAAGCUCACGUCCGUCGUUGGAACCAUCCUGUAUUCUUGCCCAGAGGUGCUGAAGAGCGAGCCUUACGGGGAGAAGGCUGACGUCUGGGCGGCAGGCUGCAUCCUGUAUCAGAUGGCCACCCUGAGUCCUCCCUUCUGCAGCACCAACAUGCUCUCCUUGGCUACAAAAAUAGUGGAGGCGGUAUAUGAACCAGUGCCAGAAGGCAUCUACUCUGAGAAGGUGACAGAUACCAUCAGCAGGUGCCUGACUCCUGAUGCAGAAAUCCGUCCCGACAUUGUAGAAGUCAGUUCGAUGAUAUCAGAUGUCAUGAUGAAGUAUUUAGACAACUUAUCGACAUCCCAGCUGGCCUUGGAGAAGAAACUGGAACGGGAACGGAGGCGCACACAGAGAUAUUUUAUGGAAGCCAACAGGAACGCUGUCACAUGUCACCAUGAGCUGGCUCUGCUAUCUCACGAAACCUUUGAGAAGGCCAGUUUGAGUAGCAGCAGCAGUGGCGCAGCCAGCCUGAAAAGUGAGCUCUCUGAAAGUGCAGACCUGCCCCCUGAAGGCUUCCAGGCCCCCUGUGGGAAGGACGAGGACAGGGCCUGUGAUGAAAUCCUGUCAGAUGAUACCUUCAACCUGGAGCAUAUUGAGAAAGAUAUAUAUUCAGAGCUGGAUGAUGAGUUGGAUGUUUCGGAUAACUCCAGCGGCUCCAGUUCGAGCCCUUUGAAAGAGUCGACCUUCAGCAUUUUAAAGAGAAGUUUUAGUGCUUCUGGGGGAGAAAGACAAUCCCAAAUGAGGGACUUCAUUGGAGGAAUAGGAUCAAGACCAAGACCAGCUUUGCUGCCUCUUGACCUGCUUCUGAAAGUGCCACCCCUCAUGCUCAGGGCCCACGUUAAGGAACUAGAGGCCAAGUUAGGGACAGGGUGGCAGUCCCACAGCCUUCCUGCUGUGAUUCUUCGAAAUCUCAAAGAUCAUGGGCCACAGAUGAGCACAUGCUUGUGGCAAGCAUCUGCAGGAAUUGCUGUGUCCCAGAGGAAGGUGCGUCAGAUCAGUGAUCCCAUCCAGCAAAUACUAAUCCAGCUGCACAAAGUCAUCUAUAUCACACAGCUUCCUCCGGCUUUGCACCACAAUUUGAAAAGAAGAGUUAUAGAGAGAUUCAAGAAAUCCCUCUUCAGCCAGCAGAGUAACCCUUGUAAUUUGAAAUCUGAAAUUAAAAAGUUAUCUCAGGGAUCUCCAGAACCAAUCGAGCCAAACUUCUUUACGGCAGAUUACCAUUUAUUACAUCAUUCAUUGGGUGGAAACAGCCUGUCCUCAAAUGACCUGACAGGUCCACCCACCAGCUCUGAUUUGGAGGAAGGAAUAACAUAUGAGCAGAUGCAGAGUGUGAUUGAAGAAGUCCUAGAGGAAAGUGGCUAUUACAAUUUUACAUCUAACAGGUAUCACUCCUAUCCUUGGGGGACGAAGAAUCACCCAACCAAAAGAUGAAAAUGUUGCACUUUGAAUGAACUUACUUUUCCCAGUAAAGUUCAAGUUCUGGACAUCAGCUACUACAACAAGAUGCUGAGGACCGGAUUUUGCUAGAAGGGUGUGGAAGGGGAGAGACCAAAAUGCCAUGGGGCCAGGAGCACCUUUCUUCUGCAGGGCCUGUGUGGGAUGUAUGAUAGCUAUAGCUCUUGGGUGGGGGGCUCCAUUCCCAGUACGUAUUAUAUACAAGAUGACAGGGCUGUCAAUGUUGCUCCUGGAAGAAAAUGCUGCAAAAGUCAUCUGUGUGGGGGAACCCCCUGUCACAGACAGAACUUUCCUCUGAGUUGGAAAAAAAAAAUGACAUAUUUUUCAAAGGAACAUUUUAUACUCAGGAUGGCUGAAACUAUGUUGAAAGGCAUCUAGCCUUUCAUAUAUAAAAAAUAAUUUUAGAUAAACAAAACUAUAGGACCUAGAAUGAUAUAUUGGGUGAUUGAUUCAUGGUAUCCUCUAAUUUUUUUUAAUCUUAAAAAAGAAAUUUAAAAUAUGUGAUUUUUUUUAAUGAAAGAAUUUGUUUUCUCUUAACCACUUGGGUGCUAGUGAUCUUGAGCCAUGACACAGUGUAGACAGUAUUUAAAAACCUUGCACAGCACCUGGACAUAAUGCAAAUUGUCAGAUUUCAGUUAGAGUAAUAGAAUACGUGGAUGUAUGGUGUGUGCAUAUGUAUAUAGAUCUAGGGGAGGGAGGGAGGGAGGUUUUGAUUAGACUAAUGCUUUGCUGCUAAUCAAACUUAUAGUGUUUUUAGAGCACUUUGAGGAGUUCAUAGAAUCUAUGAAGCAGAAGCAAUAUUUCUAAGUCCAUUUUAUUAAAAUUAUCUGCAUUUUAAGUAAAUGUUUAUUGUUUGAUAAUUUGAAAUGAAAACAAGUUAUAUAAUAAACACAAAUUCCUUCUCUACUCCUUGAAACUGCCCAAAGAAAGAAAAAUCAGAAUGCCAGUGUCCCAUCUCUAUGUAGGAAGAAUUUAUGAUGAGAGUUUAAUCUUAUUGAGUUAAAACUCCUUCUCUGCAGCUGGCUUAAAAUUUUGUUGUAAUGUCAAGAAAUCCCAUAUUGCCAAAUCAAAUUGCACUUCUACCUACUUAAAGUACAAUCCAUUCUAUAUAAUUAGUAAUCUGGAAGCUGAAAUUGUACUUUUUAUUUACUUGAGUUCUGUUCUCUUUAACUGCACUGAUAUAUUUUUAGUAUGACUGAAUAGUUUGAAUAGUAUGAUUUAGUAUGAUUUUUCAAUGCAUUUACAGUUGUUGAAACCUAAUCUGACCUUUUGGAUAUGUAAAAUCGCCUAAUGGAAAUCUAUACUAUUUUUCAAUUAGUAUGUUUAACACUUAAAUUAUGUUCAAAUGCCUUUUAAUCAUGCAGCAGUGCCUUUGAAAAUUGCCAACAAAAUCUUUUUUUGUCAAGCCAAAUUAAUAACUAAAACACUAAUUUUUAAAUAGUAGAUAAAAAUACGGUACCAAAAACUUUCACUUUCAGCUUUCAAACUAAUUCCAUCCAUAUGUGAAAUACACAUGGAAAACACAAAUUUUAAUGAUUUGCCCAGGCAAAUUUGUAUAUGUUUCAACUUAAUGUGACCCUUUAUUAUCAUUCUUUUUAUUUUUUAAUAUGCGGGAAGGGGCACAUUUCAUUUUACAGGAGGCACAGGCCUAGAGGGGCAUAAAUUCUAAUUGUCACAGAAGCUGUGGGGUCAAAGUUUAAGCAAUCAGGUUCUUACUCGAAUGGCAAUAUAUGCAAACACAGUUUAGAAAAGAAUAGUAUUCAGAAAUCAGACCUUGGUGAGAGAAACACAUGAUUCAUUUAAGGUGUUUUAAAAUGCAUGCAGUUGACCUUAUUGAUUAGAAAGGGAGCAAUAUGUUUCUUUUAGGCCACAGGUAUUCCAUUUAUUAUGCUAGAAGCCUGUCAGAGUUAACACAAAUAAGCGAAUAAAUGUCUUUUUCAACAGGGUUUCAGGCUCAUCAACCAUGCUGAUAGAUGUACUGUUUUACUAAAAUAAUGAAUGUGCUCUGUUUGAAUUUUCCCUUAAGCUACCACAAUGACUGCAUUCACAUUUUCCCAGUUGCAUGACCAGGUCUCUAAGAAUAUUGGGCACUGGCAAGGGGACCAUUUGCACGUGGAGCCACAUCCUCACGUUCCAACCUUCAGCCAAGAAGCAUCUCCCCUCAUAAUAAAGCAAGAAUGGUCAUUUCCUUUGAUCCACAAAACGGUCUUCUGGUGCAAAGAAGUUGUUACUUGAGCUUACUUAAUAGGCUUCAUAAUCUUUUCUUGAUUGCAUUUAGUUUUUUUUUUUCCUCUCAUAUAAUUUUUAAUGAUUUGUUGUGCAGUGAAAUCCCUGUGAAUUCAUUAAAUCUCUCUAAUUCCCAGUGACCAAAUACUUGCAGAGGAUAGAAUUUGAAUCAGUCUCUUCAGAUAAGUUUUGAUACACAAGUGCUUCUGUUAAUUAUGUUUUGAUCCACCAGCUCUAUCUGAUUGUCUGUGCUUGAAACCUUAAUUUGCUUUUUAAAAGCAAAAUGUUCCGUUCUCAGGGAACUGCCUGCAGCAGGAUAUAUGCUUGCUGGUUUCUAACUUUGUCUUGUUCCACAUGUGUAGUCCUUAAAUGGAGAUCUCAGGAAUACUGAGUGACAUGGACACUUGGGCCCACUGCCUGUGGAUGAAUGUCAAGAAACCGGGAGAAAUGCUGCUGGUGUGGGACUGGGCAGUGUGCCCAGUGUGGGCAUUCUAAAACAGAGCCUAAUUAAGAAAUGCUGUUAUAAAAUAUACUCAAAUGAUAUAAUUAAUUAAGAGUUAAGGUCUUCCAAAUAGUACCAUCUCUAACUCAUUAAAUACUAUGAAAUUUUGAUAUUCACAAGCAACACAGGACUGGUAGAUUAUGUACAAUUCCUGCAAUGCCAUCAAUUAAUUGCCACUCAUAUUUAAGAUAUGUGAAGACAAUAAUGUUUAUUGGUCAGUCAAUUCUAUCAGUGUUAAUAUGCAUAGCACCCACAUUGCUCUUUUUGAUUUGCUAAGUUGCAAAAUUUGUUUAUUGCUUUUUCUCUCUUUCUGGAGGAUAUGUUGGGAGAAUGAUGAAGAAUCAGGCACAGUAAAUAUGCUGGGUUCCUAUAGGAAUGCCUUCAGCUUUUGUCUGAAGGCAGGAAAUUUUUUUCUAAAGGAACUUUCAUUGUUUACCUUUGUUUUUCUGUUUGUUUGUUUGUAUGGUGGUGGUACUCACGAGCAUCGGAUCAACUGGACAGGCAACACAAAGCAAACUGGGCUGAGAUAGCUUCCCAGUACCCUAGAGAUACAGCUACAAGGGGCUCCUAAGCAAGGAAAGCUUAGGACUUGUCUUCUAGGUAGAAUUCUGUCCAAACAUGAAAUGCUUCCUGUUCAACAACUAAAUGUGAUAAUAAGUGUAUUUUGUGUAUACCUUUAUGAUAUUGUUCAGAUUGUAUUAAUUAUCCUGUGAUGGAAAGUGAGAUAAUUUUGGACAGAUUAUUUUUCCAAUAUUGAAAUGUGCUGCUGAUGUAUGCUUACCCUUGAAUGCUGUUUUUCAUAUUGAUGGGAAGACACAAAUGUCUCAGGGAAACAACUUUGUGAUGAAGUCAUUCUUAUGUGUGUCAUUACAGUUAAAAUGCACAUUGUAAAAAAUGACUGUUAUGGUUGAUCACAGUCCUGCUAUGAUGUUACUUCAAGAUUUGCCGGAGGGACAGGAAGGAUUUUAUGAUUUUGAUGGGGUGACGGAUGGAUAUUGCCAACGUACAUGUCCUGUGGGUCCAUGGGCAGUGGUGGUUGUUAAAAAUGAAGAUCACACACCCUAAAGUCACAGUAGAUGAGGAUGCACUAGGUGUUUUUUUUUUCACUAUACAUAUGCAGCAUUUGACUAAUCACAUAAAAAAUUCUUAAAUAUGUAUAGUCCAUUGAUUGUAUCCUGAAAGUAGAUGAACUCCACUGUAAUGGAAUCUGAAUGUGACUCCUCUAACGAGUGAGAAGCUGCCCUUUUUCUUUAUUAUUAUAAUGUGAAGCUUUCUUUGCGUUGUAUCCAGCUACUAUGUUUAAAAUAACAAAAGCAUGCUGUAGCAAUUAUUCAACUGUUUAAAUAUUGUUAUUUGGAGAUAGCUUACCUUUGUUUCCCCUGAACAAAGACAGAAGCUUUAUCUUUAUAGAAAAUUGUGGCUAACUUGCCAUUUUGACAAACAACGAAGAAGUCUGGGUGGAGGCUUGAAACUUUUGCAGAUAUGUGAAGAACUGUUCUGCAAAGUAAAUAGAGACAGGUGUGUACCAGAAAUAACAAACUGAGAGGAAGAAAUGCUUUAAGGCCACAAUACUUUUAAAUCAGACUAUGAAGGUUACUUAUAAAAUGAUAUUCUUAACCCAUGAUUUAGUUCCUACUUUUCAAGUUCCAUUAGAGUCAGGAUUCUAAAAAAGAACAUAAGGCUUGUGAAUGGCUGUUAAGGUUUAGCAAAAACCCUCUUCUCCCUGUUCUCUGUGUUUACUCCAUACUCUAGUGAAUUGGGAGGAAAUGGAGCUGGCGUAGGGUUCCUUGUGUCAUGAGAGAACAUGUAAAGUGUUUGUUUGUAUGAGCACAGCAUUACUUUGACACUGAGGGAAGUGAAUAAACAUUAGGACUCAGAAAGAAAAUCCCAAGUUGUUAAAGAAAAAAGAUCUUCCAAGGAAAUGGGAUAAAUCCCAAAUAAAAACUGUGCUUUGAAGUGAUUCCACCAGGUCUAGCAAUGCCCAGCAAGCCAUUCACUGAGAGGAGCAAUUGGCAAGGUCAAGUUAGUUUCUGGGUAGUUCCAGAAACUUGGGUGAUUCCUGCUGCUGGGUCUCCUGGAAGCAGCUGGCCAGAUCCUAGCAAGUUGACCACUUAGAACAAUAGCAGAAGCACCCCCAAGACUCCCCAGGAACAUGUUGGUGGAAGGCUUAAGACAGGGUCCUCUGAGGCAUUCUAAAAACAUCACAUACCUCCAAGAAGCAGUUGUUACUGUUUUGUUUGUUUCAGUGCUGGGGAUUGAAGCCAGGGCAUGGAGCAUGCUAAGUACAUGGUCUUCCACUAACCUAAUCCUCCAGCUCCCCCACCUGCCAAGUGCAGUCUUAUCUGCCUUUAAGUAAAUGUGGGUCUUCCCUGGGGGCUGUUUUCUUCUCAGUCUUGCAACCAUAGCCUCAGGCUUAUUUUGUCUGACAAUGGAAAUUUUAUAAGAAAUAUAUGUGAAAUUUAAAUGGACAAAUGCAGGCAGAUUUGAAUAUGCUUGCAUUAAGCUAGAUUAAAAAAGAAACACUGCAAGGUACACCAGUUGAUAAUUAGUACACCCUUUGAUAAUUAGGCCAUGGAAAAUUUUCAUCAUUUUACUCUUCCAAACUGGGAAACAAAAAACACGUAAAAGAAAAAUCUUUUGAGGGCAUUUUGCUUACUGACAUUUAGUGGAUCAAGACUGAAUUAUACUGCUUCCUGUAUUUUGUUGUUCCCAGUGGGCUGUUGGUGAGGAUCAAAAAGAAUGGAGCCAUCCUCUGAGAGGAAGCAAAGCCCCUAAUCUCUUGUUGCCCAGAGCAGCAUCUGUUUUCUGGAUGGCCCUGGGUCCAAGACAAAAAGACUUGUCCCUGCAGAAUGCAAAGACACUCUCAAUGUGCCUUCCUCCACUUUAGUCUCUAAGAUGGUAUUUUUGUUGUUAUUGUUGUUGUUGCACCAGCACCUCCUAGCCAGAUCCCUCCUGUCCUGCAAACCCUCAACCCCACUCCCAUCUAAGGAACAGACUAUUAAUUAUGUUUCCUACAGGUCACCUGUGUGUUUUCAGAUGGUGUGUUUGUAAUUCUAUAAUGGUGUGCAUGGGCAUGGAAGGCAGGGGGUGAUAUACUUCUCUGCACAGGAUUCCUGAUCGUAUCAAACCUCCCGACUCUCCUACUUGAACAGUUGAUUUUAACUUGACCAGAGUUGGAGACCCUGAAGAGAAAAGAAAGGAAAUGCCUCUAUAUAAGGAUGCAAAAGAUGCAAGCAACUGUUAUUUUUGCUAUUCCUUAAAUAUGCUCUGUAAAUGCUAAAGAAAAUUAAAAAUGUAUUUUCAAGUUA